AUGGGAACUCCUCAAAACAAAAAGUUUUUGGUCGGAAAUUUCCUCGGACGCGAAUGGUUUGACAAACAUCAUAGAAUACUUUUCUGCGGUAUAGCUAAGGUGUCCUCGUCGUUCUGGAAACAAGUAUUGACAGUGCUUGGUAAGAGUGAAACAUAUUCAUCGCCAUUUGAAGUCAAAGGAGCCAGAAGCGUGGGAGUAUUAUCUCGAAUACAGCAAUAUACAGAACUGAAUGAUAUGGACAACGCGUCGGAAUUCAAUUUAACUACCGCAUUUAUGUUUGUACGAAAUCCUUAUGCGAGACUUUACUCGGGAUAUGUCGACAAGUUAUAUACACCAAUUCCUGGAAUGUUUCAAGUUAUUGGGCGCGAAGCGGCAUUGACUGUUAGAAAUUGUAGCAAGGAUUUCGAAUACGCAUACGAUAUCACUUUUCGGGAGUUUGUGCAAUAUAUUCUACAACUUUAUAAAGAUAACAAAUACAUCGACGGCCAUUUUAAACCGAUGACUGAGAAAUGCGACGCAUGCGCAAUUCCCUACACAUUCAUUGGUCAUCUGGAAACCUUAGAAGAUGACGCCAAAUACUUAAUGAGUAAAUGGAGGCAAAUGCGUCAACUGAGAGAGUAUUUAUUGAAAGACUAUACAAUGUUCGGUUAUGACGACAAACCGAAAGAACUAUUUGACAGAAAGACAUUGAUUGUUGAUCACGUUUACCUGGACGGACUUUAA